UACCUCACAGCUGUUCAGCUUUGUAAAUUUGCGAAUUUAGAAUUUUUCGGAAGAAUUACUUUGCAAAUAGUGAAAACAUUUGCUUUUGUUUUAUUAUAAAUCUACUUGGCGUUAGCCAUAUUUAAAAGCUGGACGUGACUGCAGCAGGUGUAUAAAAAAACUGAGUCAUAUAACGCACACAACUGGCCCAGGUGACGGCAGUGCAUCGAGAUGUCGGAGAAGAACAUAAAAGUGGGCGCCCGGGUCGAACUGACCGGCAAAGAGCUGUUCGGCACGAUCGCCUACGUUGGCAUGACCAGCUUUGCCGUUGGCAAGUGGGUGGGCGUGGUGCUGGACGAACCGAAAGGCAAGAAUAGCGGUUCCAUUAAGGGACAGCAAUAUUUCCAGUGUGACGAGAAUUGUGGCAUGUUCGUGAGACCAACGCAGCUGCGAGUGGUAACACCAGCUCCAGAAAAUGCGCCCGGCAGCGGUAGUUCAGGCAGUGCCACGCCAACGCCGCAACCCACAAAGGCACGGCUUAGCGGAUCACGCACCUCACUCUCAUCCAGUCGCCAAUCAUUGCUUGGUUCACGCACACAACUAACCACGUCGUUAAGCGAGCGAACAAGCUCUAAUAGCAGCCUGGCAACACGAAAGUCGCUGGCGCCCCAGAGCAGCAAAGAUAAGGAUGCCACCAGUACGGGACAAGAAGCCGGUGCAACAGCAUCAGCAACGGCAUCCAAGCGCGCGUCGUUUGUAGAGACAGGCUUUCUAGAGAUACUGAAGCCGCAGUUUACGCCAUCACAGCCCAUGCGUUCGCCUUCGUUUACGACGCCUCCAAAUGCAACAGAGGACAAAGUGGCCUUGUUGGAGGCACAAAAGAUAGCCGCAGAGCUGCAGACACAACUAGCCGAUGUCACCGAAAAAUUGGAGACGCUCAAGCAGCGUCGCAACGAGGACAAAGAACGUCUACGUGAAUUCGAUAAAAUGAAAAUCCAAUUCGAGCAACUGCAGGAGUUUCGCACCAAAAUCAUGUCAGCCCAGGCCUCGCUGCAAAAGGAGCUGCAACGCGCCAAGCAGGAAGCAAAGGAUGCCAUCGAAGCCAAGGAGCGACAUGCCCAGGAAAUGGCCGAGCUCUCCGACAACGUCGAAAUGAUCACACUCGAUAAAGAAAUGGCCGAGGAAAAGGCCGACACGCUGCAGCUGGAGUUGGAGUCAAGCAAGGAGCGCAUUGAAGAGCUACAGGUGGACCUGGAGCUGUUGCGUUCCGAAAUGCAAAACAAGGCUGAGACAAACAUAACGGCCGCCGAGGGUGGCAUGUCCACCUACGAAUUUAAGCAGCUCGAACAGCAAAACAUACGCCUCAAGGACACACUGGUGCGACUGCGAGAUCUAACGGCACAUGACAAGCACGACAUUCAAAAGCUGACCAAGGAGCUGGAAAUGAAACGAUCCGAGGUCGCCGAACUGGAGCGCACAAAGGAAAAGCUCAGCUCAAAGAUCGAUGAGCUGGAGGCCACAGUCGCCGACUUGCAGGAACAAGUCGAUGCUGCACUGGGCGCCGAAGAGAUGGUGGAGCAGCUGGCCGAGAAGAAAAUGGAGCUGGAGGACAAAGUGAAGCUGCUGGAGGAGGAAAUCGCCCAGCUUGAGGCACUGGAGGAGGUGCACGAGCAGCUGGUGGAGAGCAACCACGAGCUGGAGCUGGACUUGCGCGAGGAACUGGACCUGGCCAAUGCCGCCAAAAAGGAGGUGCUGCGGGAACGCGAUGCCGCCAUUGAGACCAUCUACGAUCGCGACCAGACCAUCACCAAGUUCCGUGAGCUCGUCCAGAAGCUGAACGAACAGCUGAUCGAACUGCGCGAGCGCAGCUCCAACAAUGAUCAAAAGUCACUGCAGGAUCCCAGCCUCAAGCUGGCCACCGAGACCAUCGACUACAAGCAGAUGUUCGCCGAGUCGAAGGCCUACACGCGCGCCAUCGACGUCCAGCUGCGUCAGAUUGAGCUGAGCCAGGCCAACGAGCAUGUCCAGAUGCUGACCGCCUUCAUGCCCGAAUCGUUUAUGAAUCGCGGUGGCGACCAUGACUCCAUAUUAGUCAUACUGCUAAUCUCGCGCAUUGUGUUCAAAUGCGGCAUUAUCGUCUCGCAGACGCGCGAACGUUUCCCGGCCGUGGAGGCGGUGACACGCGAGGCCGUCACCCAGGGCCAUGCGGUGCAGCAGUAUGCCUUCAAGUGCCGCCUGAUGCACUACAUCCACAAUCUGCAGUGUGCGCUGCACCAGAUCCUCUACGGCCUCAACAGCUGCCAGCCCGAUACGCUGCUGCGCGCUGGUAGCUCGCUGCCGGAGAUGGUGGCCCAGGAGAAGAUUGUCGACGGCAUUAUUGAGCUGCUGAAAUCGAAUCAACUGGACGAGAACAGCACCACGGACAACAUCGAGAAGUGCGUGGCGUUCUUCAAUGCCAUGAACUCGGUGCUGCUGGCAGGCGAACAGCUCCUGAACGAGACCCAAAUGAUACGGGACUGUGUGGCCUCGCUGAGCGCUGCCUGUGAGUCCAUACUGAACGACACGGCCAUUGCCAAGGUGAUCAUCCAGGAGGCGGGCGCCGCCAGUGACUCGAUGCUGCUCAUACAGUUCCUCAACGAGCACAUGGAGAGCAUCAAGCAGCAGGUGAAGCUGAUCAAGCGACGCCUGCCCAACGAUCAGCAUGUGAUCAAGUGCGGUCUGUCGCCGCACAAGAUGGAUGCCAUGCGGGCGCUGGCCCAGAAUAUCAGUCGCAUCAUGUCCGCCAUGCAUUUGGCCACCAAGCAGGCGCUGGCUGCCAUCGUGGCCAACAUUGAGAGCGACAAUGCGGCGGAGCACACGCUCCCACAGGACAAGUACUGGUCCCUGUUGUCGGCGGCCUGUGAGCGCAUCUACGAACAGGACGAUCGCGGGCCAACGCAGAACUUUAAGGCCCUGCUGGGUCAGGCCAACGCGGAUCUGCAGCACAUUGCCCAGCACCUGCUGGACAAGGAGUACGAGAUUAUGUCAGCCGCUGGCGCAGCUCCUCGUCCCCAAACGCUCAGUACGCCUCUCAGUCAGCGUUCGCAGCUGAUCAAGAAACAGCUGGAGCAGAAGAAUGUGCUGGCUGCAACGCUCGAGAAUCGCGAAGCGGACAUCAAGCAGCUCAAGCUGGCGGCCAAGAUGAAGCUGAACGAGCUGAGCGAAAUGCAAAUACGCAAGGAUCUCGCUGAGAAGAAGCUGAGCGUGCUGCAAGACGAGUACGAGCAUGCGGUGAACAAGUGGAAACUGCAGUACGAGGAGACGCACAAGAAGCUGCUGCAGAAGGAGAAGGAAUUCGAGGAGACCAUGGAUCAUUUGCAGAGCGACAUAGAUGCGCUGGAGAGCGAGAAGAGCGACCUGCGCGACAAGCUGAAGCUGAACACCAGCGCCGGCAAGAGUCUGACCUCCGAUUCGCACUCCUCGCUCCACAAUCUGUCCGCCACGGGCACGAGCAGCGCCAAUGUCAGCUACACGGCGCCCGCUGGCACCGCUCCCCUGGUGGCCGAGGAGCUGCAGCUGCUCAAGUGCGCCUUCAACAAUGAGCGCAACGAACGCAUGCGGCUGCAGGCGCAGGAUAUGCGCGCCAAGCUAAAGCAGCUGGAGCCAAUCUAUGUGCCCCAGCCGCAAGAUCAGCGCAUCAAUGCGCUCGAGUCUCAGCUGACCAAAAUGAAGCAUGCUUGGGUGCUCUCCCUCCUGCAGGUGCAGGCCAAGGGCAGCGGCGGCAUGUCAGCAGCCAAUAUCAACAGCAUCGCGCUGCAGCGCCGCAAUCAGCCGCUGCCCCCGAAGACGGAGAUCUGCACGCGCGCCUCCCGCCUCGCCUCGGACAUACUGACAGAGUAUCUACAGCGGAAGCCACAUCGUGCAUCAGCAGGAGAAUUCGCCGUCUUCCCUACAGUCGACGUGAAGCGAGUGCUGCAGAUUUAAGUGCUUCAGCGGGGGGCGGGGCAAUAGCUAGGCUAGGUUUAUAAGUGCGCAAACAUUUUAGAGAUUACAAAUUGCCUAGGAAUGUGAUGUGGCAACUUAUCAUGCCACAUGAACUCUGGGCAAGAGCUCGCCUCUUGCUCAACGUUCACGUAGCAUUGCAGUUCCACAUUUCUUG